CGCGCUAACGCGAGCAGCAAGGCUGUCCGAAUGCAGGAUGGCUAAGCACGCGCUCGACGGCCCCUGAGGCGGCGCAGACCAGCGGCCGGCUGACGGGCGUGUGGGCGCAGCUGAAGGACGCGGUGACCACUUACCGGCUGCUGUUCGACGAGUCCGGCCUGCCGGGGCUGCGUUUCGUGCUGGGCUUUCGGCACCCGCUGAGGCGACUCGCCUGGCUUGCCGUGUACGCCGUGCUCUUCGUCCUCACCAUGCGGGACACGCACAAGCUGCUGACCGAGUACUACGCCUACGACGACCGCGUCAACCAGGAGAUCCUGGAGCAAAAACAAGUCCAGUUCCCAGCGAUCACUGUGUGCAACAUGAACCCCUGGAGGAAGUCGGUGCUGUGCAGCGAAGAGAGCUUCCAGGGGAAGAUUGAGAAGGCGCUGCAAGCCAAGCUCUGCUCGAUGCCAAACAGGAACGUUACUCUGACCGAUGAGGACAUCGCCUUGUCCAACCGGCUGAAGCAGUGGAUCUCGGAGGAGCAGCGGCGAAACCUGAGCCGCGCCGAGAAAUUGGGCCACCAGCUCGAAGACAUGAUCCAGGUGUGUCGCGUCCACGAAGGGGACUGUCUCAGCACCAAGAUCCUAGAAAUACGAAUGGUGCCCCGUUACGGAAACUGUUACUGCCUCGGCUGCAACAGCAGUCGCUUCAGCUGGCAGGCGAUGCAGAUGUCGGAUCCCGAAAAUGGUCUACGCAUGUCCCUGAACAUGGAACCCGAGGAGUUCCUUCCUCUCACUGUGGACGCUGGCUUCUACAUCAUGGUCCACCAGGCCGGGGCCCAGGAGGAGGUCUUUGACAACGCCGUAUACGCUCCGCCUGGAGCCACAACUUACAUAGGCGUAUCAAAGAUGAUUUCUAAAAAUCUCAAGGAACCCUAUAAAAAUCCCUGCCAGGAUCACUGGCCUCCGGAGUUAGAAAAAUAUGUUGUCAAAGGCAUAGUGUACACAAAGCGGGCCUGCGACGAGUACUGCUACCAGGUGCACAUCUUCGAAAAAUGCGGAUGCCGGUCCUUCAACCACAUCAGGGUGUUUGCACCGCAACUUAUGGAGUCGCCAGUCUGUGUGGACGUCCUGAGAGGGGACUGCGAAAGGUCCGUUGAAGCGAAAAUAGACCGGAAAAUAAUCACAUGCAAGUGUCUGACGGCUUGUGAGGUUCAGUAUUACCAGACGACGUCAAGCGCACUUACGUGGACCAGCCGAGUGAUGAAUCCUGAAGGCAGUGAACUGUCCCUGUCACCAAGAGAAGGAAAGGGGAUUCACGUCCGGGUGGUGGUUUUCAUGAGAAGCACGAAGGUCCUCUACAAGAGUAAAGAGCCGAAGCUAACGCUGUCGAACCUGUUCCGGAACAUCGGCGGCUUGAUGGGCGUCUACCUUGGUUACUCGUCGCUGCAAAUCUUCCACGUGCUCGACGUGCUCGUAGAUGGCGCUUACUCGUCGCUGUCGGGCAUCUGGGGCCGUUACACGAGGAACCGCCAGCGCAGACGCGGCCAGGCUCCGUUGCGCCGUCGCACCUACCCGCUGCCCGAAGAGGCAGUUCCGCGGUAUCCCGUCACUACACAGCCACCCGUGUACGCACUCUGAAGUCGAACCUCGCACACCUCGACUGAACACUGCUGCCCGAAGAGAUGCCGCGCUACAACUUGACGGCACAACCGCCCCUGUACGUAGUGUGGAGUGAAACGCUAUAUUCCAGCUUCAUCAUGCAGUCUCACUUCUUUCUCUUAUGCCUGAUGAAGACAAGCAUACUGAACGUGUCACUACCCUCUUCACACUUUCUGAUGAGCAUCCGUAAAGGCCACCAAAAAUGGCGAUGAAAGCGCGCUGAGUUGUGUAUUCCUUCAGUGCUCUGUGAACUCGAGCCCCAGCUAUAGCUGGUGUGCUAUAGUGAAAGCUGCUUUAGGGGCUUCUGAGCUGCAUGCGUGGCGUGGUUGUCGUAGUACCUUUAUGAUAUCCACCAAGCUGUGGUGCCAAAUUAGAACAAAAAGGUAAGAAAAGGAUACACCUCCGCCAGAACUGAAGGUGACCUUCACUUUUAAGCGUUACGUCCCAACACCUGUCUC